AGAGAGGGGGAGAGAAAUAAACCGUCUCUGUUCAGGUCAAACCCAAACACCCAACACCAACAACACCGACACCUAAUUGUCGCUGGAGUUAUCCCCCGUUGUGGGCCCAAUAAAUGCUCAAUCUGAUCAUCCGUUUCCGGCAACAGUCAACGGCCGGUGGAGGCGGCGGUGGAGGAGAAGUAAUUUUUCCGGGUAGUUCACCGGUUAACGCUAAAACUUCAACUGGACUUUGAUUAUGAAGAAGAGCCUAAACAAGAAGCCUAAGAAUACCAAUAACAACACCAAUGGUUUCAUCCCCAAUUCUUUCAAGUUCAUUUCUUCUUGCAUCAAGACUGUGUCGUCUAAUGUACGGUCCGCCGGAGCAUCUGUCGCCGGCUCGAUCUCCACCGGCUCCAACGAACAUCAAAAAGACCAGGUUCUGUGGUCUUGCUUUGAUAGACUAGACCUUGGUCCUUCUAUCAAGCGUGUCCUCCUACUUGGUUACUCUAAUGGAUUUCAAGUCCUUGAUGUUGAAGAUGCUUCGAGUGUCGUUGAACUGGUUUCAAGGCGUGAUGAUCCAGUCACAUUUUUACAGAUGCAGCCCAUACCUGAGAAGUCUGAGUGUCGUGAAGGUUUUAGAGCAUCACAUCCCUUGUUGGUGGUUGUGGCGUGUGAUGAAGUGAGCAAUGCAGGUCCAAUUCAAAAUGACAGCAAUGGUUUGCUAAAAGAUGGCUUUAUUGAACCUCAUGGAGGAAACAUUUUAAGCUCUCCUAGAUCUGUUCGAUUUUACUCUUUAAGGUCUCACAAUUAUGUCCAUGUUUUGAGAUUCCGCUCAACUGUGUACAUGGUUAGAUGCAGUCAGCGAAUAGUAGCCGUGGGUCUUGCAACACAAAUAUAUUGCUUUGAUGCGAUCACCUUUGAGAAUAAGUUUAGCGUGCUCACUUAUCCUGCCCCUCAGCUGGGAGGCCAGGGAUUUGUUGGCGUUAAUGUUGGAUACGGGCCAAUGGAUGUGGGCCCCAGGUGGUUGGCAUAUGCUUCUAAUAAUCCAUUGAUGCCAAAUACUGGACGGUUAAGUCCCCAAAGUCUUGGCCCUUCUCCUGGUGUCAGCCCUUCGACAUCACCUGGAAGUGGAAGUCUGGUAGCUCGUUAUGCCAUGGAGUCAAGUAAGCAGUUAGCUGCUGGAUUAGUUAAUCUGGGGGACAUGGGUUAUAAAACCUUGUCAAAAUACUGUCAUGAGCUUUUGCCCGAUGGUUCUAGUUCUCCGGUGUCAUCAAAUUCCAGUUGGAAAGUUGGUAGGGUUGCAGCUCAUUCAAGUGAAACAGAUACUGCUGGGAUGGUUGUCAUAAAAGAUUUUGUAUCCAGGGCUGUUGUCUCACAAUUUAGGGCCCAUACCAGUUCUAUAUCUGCUUUAUGUUUUGACCCAAGUGGGACUCUUCUGGUUACUGCUUCUAUUCAUGGCAACAACAUAAAUAUAUUCCGGAUCGUGCCAUCCUGCUCACAAAAUGGUUCAGGCACUCAGAGCAAUGAUUGGAGUUAUUCUCAUGUGCACCUUUACAAGCUUCAUCGUGGCAUGACUUCAGCUGUGAUACAAGACAUUUGUUUCAGCAGUUAUAGUCAGUGGAUAGCUAUUGUUUCAUCCAAGGGAACUUGCCAUAUUUUUGUUCUUUCCCCAUUUGGUGGUGAGACUGGUCUUCAAAUACAAAAUUCUCAUGUUGUUGGGCCUGCCCUCUCACCAAUUCUAUCAAUACCCUGGUGGUCUACUUCAUCAUAUAUGAUAAACCUGAAAUCCUUUUAUCCACCACCCCCAGCAACUAUCACUCUAUCUGCUGUAAGCAGGAUAAGACAUGGCAAUUCUAGGUGGCUUGAUACAGUAAGCAAUGCUGCAUCUUCCGCAGCAGGAAAGGUCUCUGUGCCAACUGGUGUUGUUGCUGCAGUUUUUCACAGUUCUGUACGUCACAAUUUGCUAUCUACUCUCUCAAAUGUCAAUGCAAUGGAGCAUCUUUUGGUUUAUACUCCCCCUGGUAAUGUAAUUCAAUAUGAACUGCUCCCUUCAAAUGGGGGAGAACAAGAUGAUUCCUCUUUGCCAGCUGGGAUAGGUUCACAGGUGCACAUGCAAGAAGAGAUAGGGGUGAAAGUUGAACCUGCUCAAUGGUGGGAUGUUUGCCGAAGGGCAGACUGGCCUGAAAGAGAGGAAUGUAUUUAUGGGCUUACUCUUGGUGGACAAGGAGCUGCAGAGACAAUCAUGGAUUCUUCUGAUAAUGAAGAUAAUGGAAUUGUGGAAAAGGAUUCAGUAAGAUCACAUGAGCGAUCCCAUUGGUAUCUCUCCAAUGCAGAGGUCCAGAUAAGAUCUGGGAGGAUACCAAUUUGGCAGAAGUCUAAGAUAUCGUUCUAUACUAUGAGUCUUUAUGGGUGUGAAGAGGAUAACCGUAGUAAAGACCAUACUGGAGGAGAGAUUGAAAUUGAAAAGAUUCCCAGUCAUGAGGUUGAAAUAAGGAGGAAGGAUUUACUACCAGUUUUUGACAGUUUCCACAGGAUUCAUCCGGGUUGGAGUGGCGACAGGGGGCUUGCUGGGGAAAGAUACUCCACUUCAUCUUCUAAUUCUCGAAGUGGUGGAGGAAACAUUUUAGAAGAUACUGCAAUUUUCCAUACAAAGCUAUCGUCUCCUGACUCAGUUCAAAACUUACAUGCUAGGUCAGCCAAAACACCGACAGUUCUACAUGAUUUAGAUCAUAUUGGCACAGUUAAGCCUUCUCCUCCUAUUGGCCUGGUUGUGAAUGAGAAUGAUAGGGUGAACAGAUCAAGUUCUAUUUUACCAUCAGCUCCUCUGAACAAAAGGUCUUUUGGUGGGGUUGAUACUUCAGUUUCUCCUGUACUAUCUGCAAAAGUUGUGUCUCGCCUUCAAGAAAGUUUUGUUGUAAAUAGUCCUCCUCCUCCCAAGAUUGGCUCACUUUCUACUGGAGGAACUGUGGCCCGAGAGGUUAAUUCUUCAGACAGUGUUGUGACAAGUGAAGCUUCAAAUUCAAGUUCUAACCGUUCUGAUUCGAGCAUGAACAUUCUUGAUGAAGGUCCAGUGCAUCAGGAUAUGCAUGACCCACUAGAUUUUGGGCAGUAUUUUCAAGAGGGUUAUUGUAAAGCAUCACCUCAUGAUGAAUGCCGUGAAUUAACAGAAGUUUGCACUGAUAUCGACAGCAGCAAUAGUCCUUAUGAAAAGGAGAAAUCUGAGGAAGAUGCGGAAAGUGAUGACAUGCUUGGAGGUGUAUUUUCUUUCUCUGAAGAAGGUUGAUCAUAACCGGUUUUCUGUGAAGGAGUUGUUCUAGCCAUUUGUCAUCUCUCUUGAUGCAUUUUGUACUCCAAAAGUUACCAAAAGGGUUGGCAGAGGUCAGCCUAAUGAAUGUUUAGAUCCUAUGAGAUUGAAAGAAAAAAUGCUGCUGACUAAUUGAUAAGAGGAGAGAGAUGUGUAUUUCAUCCCCCUUCUAAUUCUCAUGUAAAUGUUGUGUAUUAAAAAGAUUCUGAUGUGACUGAUUUGUGUGGACAGGUUCUUUGUCUAUGCUUUGUAACACUAUUUGUUCUUCAAAGAAAAAGAAAUAAAAAGGAAAAUGGAAAAAGAGAAGAUG